AUGGACAAGGACCGAGAGCAGAUUGUCGUGGGCAGCGACCAGUCUCCCGGACAGCGCCAGCUGACGUUCCAAUCAUACCAACAACCAUCGCCAAGCGGCGGCGCCGCCAGUGCACGCACGCCCUCUCAGAAACGAUAUGAACUUAUCGAUGGACAAUGGGUUCAGCUCACGGCUGCCGGCCUUCCGCGCAAGAAGCCGGGUCGGAAGCCCGGGUCUACCGUGAAAACCAAGCUGACGGACGGCGCCGACCCGAGCAAAGCACGCAAGCCCCGAAAGCCUCGCGACUCCAACGCCCUCCCUGUCCAGCGCAAGCGAAAGACUGCGCCCGGUUCCGACGCAGACGGAGACUCCGACGUCUCGAGGAGCGCCUCGGGCCACCACGCCGGCACAUCAUCGCCGUCGCAGCAGCAUCAGCUUCUGGGACCCCCCGACUUGCGCGGCUCGCCCAAGAUGCCCAAGAGAGAGGGGUACCCGGGGUCGAUGCAGAGCAUUCUGAAUGCUGACCCGCCCUCGGCCUCAAUACCAGUGCGCAGCAGCGGCCUCAGCUACGAUCCAAUUCGUGGCAACUACGACCCCAUACGUGAGACAAUCACACCGCAUAAUACGAACCCGUACUCGUCGACUUCAGGUUCCCCUCGCGGCCCGGCGCAAGCGGCCAACCGAUCGCCCUCAAUUGCGAGUAUAAUAGAACCACAGCCCCGGACGGCAACCUCGCCGAGUCUGUCACAGCGUGGACACUCCACAGCUUCGGCUCACAGCCGGCAUCACGGCCGAGAGCCCUCAUCCAUGCCACCGUCGCCUUCCUACAGACCGACAUCAACACUCGGAGCCCAGCUCACUGCAGUCGAUCUGAAGAAGGCGAGCACCGUGGCAGCCGCGCAACGACCUGUGGUGAAUCAGGCCAACUUCACCACAAUAUCAAAUGGCCCUGUCCGAAGAUGUUCGCCCAAACUAAAGCCCGCCACUGGCGUGUCUACCCCGAGAACGGAUGCACUUGACGAUUUCCAGGACAGCGAAGGACGCUCUAUUUUGGAUUUUGGAAAGGCUCGACCUGGCGAGGAGUUCCAGGCCCCCACCAUUGUCUUGAAUAUCCCCAUCGUGGCUGGAGAAACCAAUAAAUAUGUCAACUUUAUGCGAUUGGCUGAGGAUCGGUACGGGUGGGACGCCCUCCAUCCGCGUCAGGCUGCAAAUCGGGACCGCAAAGCCCGGAUCGAGGCCGCUGCGGCGUCGCUCGAAAAGGCCGAGCUGGGGCGAGAGUCGGGAGACGAGAUGUCGCUGGACAACUCUGACGGCGAAGCUAGCAACCCGGAGAACGGAGGGACCAGCGGGCCUGAUGCUCCGGUCAAGCCCAAGAAGAAGAGAAACUUCAAGGAGGACCAAUAUGACGUCGACGACGACUUCGUAGACGACUCGGAGCUGCUGUGGGAAGCUCAGGCUGCAGCCAGUAGGGACGGUUUCUUUGUCUACUCUGGGCCUCUUGUGCCCGAGGUAGAAAAACCGGCAAUCCCCCACGAACGACCCAAGCGCGGCCGCGGUAGUAGAGGCGCCCGGGGCAGCAGGGGCUCAGCCAGAGGCGGCACAGGCGCCGGCCGCGGCGGCGGUCCUGGUUCUCGCGGUGGCACGGUGACGAGAAAGCCGCGCGUCACAAAGGCGGAGAGGCUGCAGCGCGAGCGAGAAAAGGCCGAGCGCGAAAGCAUGGCACAAAUCAGCAACAAGACGCAGACCAACGGAUACGUUCUCCAGCCCUCUACGCCCGCCUUCUCUGUCAGUGAACUGGGCGCUUAG